AUGUCUGACACUAUCAAAAAAAGAAAACCAUCGGAUCAUCAUCAUGAACGAGAAAAGUGUGAAAAAUCAAAAAGCGAAAUAAAAUCUUUGAUAGCGCGAUUUGGAACUAACAAAAAAGUGGACGAGGAAUUAGAAGAAGAAGCAACCAUGAUGCGUAAUAAAAUUAAAGCUUUUGUGAAAAGACAUCAUUAUACAUAUUUAUACGUUGAGCCAUAUGAACCAGUUGUGCAUGGAACUUACGGUGUUGACCAGACUACAUCCUGGAGAAUAGUAUGGUCCAUUACAAAUUCAAUAAGGGAUUUCUUUGCCGAGGUGAUGAAUGGUGGAAGAGGAUUUGGUAGUCCAAGCUACGAUGGAUUUGUACCGAUAUAA